AUGGUAUUGACUCAUGCAGCAACAAGAGAUGGCUCUCAUGUCUUUCACAAUAAUUUAACCAACAAGUACCUCUUGAUUUCCAGCAGCGGCAGUGUUGAAGUCAGCCCAACUUUCCCCCAGGGAGUUACCCAGGAUGAAGAACCAGAGGUUAUUUCAUGUCUUAUAGGUCUCAUCAGAUUGAAGUUUGGUUCCUACAUCAUUGUUGGUACGAAACAUACCGUUACUGGAAAAAUCUUGGGCAAUGACAUCGCCUCGAUUGAUGGCUAUAAAAUCUUUUCCUUGGGAAACAGCAAUCAAGCCAGAAGCGAAGAAAAGAAAUAUUUGGAACUUUUGAACAAGCAAUUGCACAAUGCUACUCUUUUUUAUUCCAUUAACAACCAGUACGAUUUGACCAACUCAUUACAAAAGCAAUUCACGGUUCAAGGGUUGAAAAUCGACGAGCGUUUCUGGUGGAACAAGUUCUUAUCGGACCCAAUUCUCCCUUACGACAAUGGGUUUGAGUUUGUCACUCCCAUCAUUUACGGUUACUUCAAAUCCCACUCCACCGUUUUCAGUGGCAAGUCUUUGCAAUUUGCGCUCUUGACGCGUCGUUCCACUUCCAGAGCUGGUACAAGGUACUUCCGCCGUGGUGUCGAUGUCGAUGGCAAUGUCGCCAACUUCAACGAGACUGAGCAAUUCUUCACUUCAGAUGAAAACCAUGUUUACUCGCUUUUGCAAACGAGAGGCUCGGUCCCCGUGUAUUGGGCCGAGGUCAACAAUUUGAAAUACAAGCCAAACUUGGCAAUUAGCUCGCAACCGUCUCUUGAAGCGACUGAAAAGCAUUUUGCUCAGCAAGUUGCACUUUAUGGUGACAACUUUUUAGUCAAUUUGGUUAAUCAAAAGGGGUAUGAACAACCAGUUAAAUUGGCUUAUGAACAAGCCGUGUCAAACUUGCCUGAAAAAUUGCAAGAACACGUUCACUACAUCUACUUUGACUUCCACCACGAAUGCAAAGGCAUGAAGUUCCACAAAAUCAACCUCUUGUUGGACCGGUUGAUCAACUUGGGAUACACACUGGACAAUUUCUUUGAGAUUGAUCUCAACACAAAACAAGUUAUCCACUUGCAAAACAAGAUUGUUAGAACCAAUUGUAUGGACUGCUUGGAUAGAACCAACGUGGUGCAAAGUACAGUUGGCCGUUGGGUUUUGCAAAACCAAUUGGUGAAGGAGGGCUACAUCACAAACAUUGCCCAGCCAUUUGAAAAAAUCGACCCUCGUUUCAACUUGUUUUUCCAAAACUUUUGGGCUGAUAACGCAGAUGCCGUGAGCUGCGCUUACUCCGGUACCGGUGCCUUGAAAACAGACUUUACGAGAUUGGGCAAGAGAACAUACAAAGGUGGAUUUGAUGACUUGUGCAACUCCAUUACUCGUUAUUACAAAAACAACUGGUCCGACGGAAGCAGGCAAGACUCGUAUGAUUUAUUCCUCGGCAAGUUCAAACCAUACCAGGAUGCCGUCAAUAGUCCAUUCAUCGAUAGAAGAGCGCCGAUUUUCCAGUUGUUGCCGUAUUUGAUGGGAACUUCUCUUUUGAUCUUGUUGGCAAUAAUCUACUACCCUAAAGGAUCACUCUUGAGCUUGAAAAAUUUGGUUUUGAUUGCAUUGGUGAUUUUAUUCAAUUUCCUGAGUUUCAGGUUCAUCUCCAAGAACGGAUACCAAUUUGUCGACUGGCCAAAGUUGGUGCCUUUGGACUAUUUGAAGAAGGAAGAUGUAUACAACGGGAACGGAAAAUCCGUUGGAGUCAAGUACGAAAAGACUGAUCAAUUUAAAGGUCUCAGUAAGAAGAAGAAUUAA